AUGAGGAAAGUGCCACCUGCUGAGGAGCCAAACCAAGAGCUGGAGGCAGAAGUUGGACUGCUUUCAGCAGGGCUGGUUUGCAGGGAUGGAGCAGGGCUGGGCUGAGUGGGUGCCAUUCGGUUCUCUUCUGAAAGGUCUGCUGAAGGGAGCUGGAAAGCCCUCGCUUGGGAGAGCAGCCAGGCAUGAGAGGGGGAGAGGCUUCAGGGGACAGGGUUGCUCUAAACCGGCACAAGCUGAGGGUUGGCAGGAAGGGAAAGGUUACAGACAGUGCAAGAACUGCUUAUGGUGGACCGAACUUGUGGUGGGACCAAACCAAGAUCUUUCACUGAUGCCAUUGUGGUAAGGAGAGUGAGAUUCCCAGUGUUUCCUAGCAAUGAAACAGAAAGGGUGGUGUGGGGGGAAGGAGCCACAAAUAGGUUGCAACGGACGCCGAGCCAGCACCAACGGCCGGGAGCGUGGGAGUCGCCGCAGGGCUCUGGCCUGGCUCCAGGUGUCAUGUGGGAGAUAAGGGGACCCUGACUUCCAGCAGUCCAGUGUCCCAGGAGGCCUCACCGUCAGGAGUAGGGGAAGAGGAUCUGCACCACGGGCUGAUCAGGACCGUGGCUGGAGCCGCCCCCCUGCCCCGCCAAGCUCACAUGUCCGCCUGCCCGUGCCCAGAAGAUGACCAGGCUGCUCUUGGGGGUGACCCUGGAAAGGAUUUGCAAGGCUGUGCUGCUGCUCUGCCUGCUCCACUUUGUCAUCAUCAUGAUCCUCUAUUUUGACGUCUACGCGCAGCACCUGGACUUCUUCAGCCGUUUCAACGCCAGGAAUGCCUCGCGCUCCCACCCCUUCUCCAACUCCUCCCGCCCCAACAGCACCGUUCCCAGCUACGGGCCAGCCAGUGCUGAGGCCCCAUCCCCCAGCACCAAGCCCAGCACCAACCAGUCCACCACUGAGAAGCCUUUGCAGCCCUGCCAGGAGACACCUCCUGGUUUAGUUGGGCGCCUGCUCAUCGAGUUCAGCUCUCCCAUGAGCAUGGAGCGAGUGCAGCGGGAGAACCCUGACGUGCGCCAAGGCGGCAAGUACAGCCCCCCGGACUGCCUGCCCCGGCAGAAGGUGGCCAUCCUCAUCCCCUUCCGGCACCGCGAGCACCACCUCAAGUACUGGCUGCACUACCUGCACCCCAUCCUGCGCCGGCAGAAGGUGGCUUAUGGUAUCUACAUCAUCAACCAGUUCGGUGAAGACACCUUCAACCGGGCCAAGCUGCUCAACGUGGGAUUCAUGGAGGCGCUCAAGGACGACGAGGAGUAUGACUGCUUCAUUUUCAGCGACGUGGACCUCAUUCCCAUGGACGAUCGCAACCUCUAUCGCUGCUACGAGCAGCCACGGCACUUUGCUGUUGGCAUGGACAAGUUUGGGUUCAGGCUGCCCUAUGCCGGCUACUUUGGUGGUGUCUCUGGGCUGAGCAAGUCCCAGUUCUUGAAGAUCAAUGGCUUUCCCAAUGAGUACUGGGGCUGGGGAGGAGAGGACGAUGACAUCUUUAAUCGCAUCUCCCUGAAUGGCAUGAAGGUGUCGAGGCCCGACAUCCGCAUUGGGAGGUACCGCAUGAUUAAGCAUGAGCGCGACAAACACAACGAGCCCAACCCGCAGAGGUUCACCAAGAUCCAGAACACCAAAAUGACGAUGAAGCGGGAUGGGAUCAGCUCGCUGCAGUACCGGCUGGUGGAGAUCUCCCGCCAGCCCAUGUACACCAACAUCACGGUGGAGAUCGGCAGGCCACCGCCCCGCCUGGCCCGCGGCUAGUGCUCCUGUCACAGGACCCCCUGUGCCUAGGCUGGCUGGGCAUGGUGGGUUUUCUCCCAGCUCAAGAGCCAGGACUGGACAGGGAUGUUUUCUGCCUACUCUGCUGCCUUCUGGAGACGGCUGCCCCCCAGCCGGCCCUUUGGUCCCCAGGAUUUCUCUGUCUCCCCCAUCCCCACGAGUGUGUUUGCAGGACCCCUGCCCCAUACGUGGUGUGUUGGUGGAUGAGCCCGGCUGCCCUAGGAGCAGCUCCUGGCACAGAGGGAGGGGGCAACCCCAGGCCUGGCGAGGAGGCCCCAGUCCAUGCCAGCUCCUGCCUGCACCCUGGGUGGGGAGGGUGAAAUCCCACUGCUCUGUGAGAGCUGGAGGGUCCCCACCAGCGCUGUGAGAAGUGGGGUGCAGGCUUCCCCCUUUACUAGCGCUGGAGCUAUGCUGCCCAGCUGGGGAUAGGAGCAGCCCGGGGCCCCCAGGCAGGCAGGAUCAGGGCAAGGUUGCUGCCCUGGCCAGGCACUGCCCAUGCUGCUGGGCACACAGACGUGGCUUGCUGUCUUCCUCUGCUUUAGUCUGGUGCUUAGAGCCGGGUCUGUCUCAGCUCUGCCAAACAGAGACCUCUGAUUAGCGAAUGCCCCUCGCUGUGCCUCAGUUUCCCCAGGGCUGGGGGGAUGGCAGCUGUAUCCCAUCCCCCUUCCCCAAAGGCAGGUGCUGUGUGUGUGUGCAGCCCCUGCCUGCGCCUGCCCCCCCACCUUUGGUGGGGGAAAUAGGGCUCAUUUGAACCCCCCAGCCCCUCUUGGUGGGGGCUGGUGCAGCCCCCCUCUAGCAGGGAGGGAAUCUUCCCUUUGAGGUCUCCCCUUGUCUGCCUUCCCCCUUCCAGGCCAGGGGCAGGGGUGCUGCAGGCAGGAGAGACUGGGAUGCAGGGCAGGAGCCCUGUGCCCCUCCAUGGGACUGGGAGCCCAGCACCCCUGAUGCUCCAUGAGGGGCUGGGAGCAGUAGGGUUGGGAGCAGGGCAGCUCGCCAGGGCUGGGGGGCACCGGCGACUUUUGUACAUUUGAAUGUCUGACCCUUUUUCAGCGUACAUUGAAUGCAGCGUUCGGUCAUAGAGACCGGGGGUUUUGUAUUUAAUAAAAGUUUGAAAAGUUGGCAGGCUUUGUGGGGAUGGGAGGAAGCACCAUCUGAUGAGGAAGUGGGAUGGUGGAGUAGAGAGGGGAAGUCCUGUCUGCCACCUCCAGCUGCUGGCUGGGAGGCAGAGCCCCUGCCUCACCCUGUCUGCCCUUAGGGGAACCCCCCAGCUCACUCAGCAAUCCAGGGGGGCCUAACAAGGUGCCUACCUAGGCAAAGCCAGCUGCCCUCACUGUGCCAUGGACGUUUGUUGUCCUCCCGUCCAUCUGGGGAUAAUGCCUUCUCCCAUCAGGGAUAAGCCCGUCCUCCAUCCUCCGCCUUACCUUCAGCUGGUUUUGUACAUCCAGGUAAGGCAAAGGAGAAAGCACCAGGACCUAGCUGGCUGUUGAGUGCCAAUACCUGGCAUCAGAGGUGAAAAAUGCUGCACUCAGUAAGCGUGGGCCCCCACUCUUCAACCCCUCCCUCCCUCCACAUGGCUCCCAAAAAAGGCCACAGCAGGACACAGCCUCAGGAAUAUAAAUCUCAUUAAAAUCUAGGAUACUUUAGAACUCUACACCAGGAGAGACACUGGCACGGGCAGUGCUGCCCAGAGACACUGGCACAGGCAGCGCUACCCAGGGACGCGCGCGCGUUAUUGCUAACAAUUAGAGGUGAAGAGUAGCGGCGUGACUCGAGGGGCAGGGCACGGGCACCAUGCGGGAACCGGCGCCCCUCGCCGCGGCACGACGGGGGCUCGGGACGGGGAGCUGGAACAUCCUGCUGGGGCUCACUGCCCGCCGCCGCCCGCCACCGUGCCAAGCUGUGCCAUGUCCCUGUGCCGGCCUCGGGGCUGCAACAUAGGGAGAACAGGGUCUGGCUGUGGGAGGGAGCAAGUGGGG